AUCGUCUUCAGCAUGGUCUUCACGCUCUUCGGCAACACCAUCAUCAUCAUGAUGCUCACCUGCAGCCGGUACCGGAAACGGAACAGCCGCGUCAACAUCUUCAUCAUCCACCUCGCCAUCGGGGACCUCACGGUCUGCUUCUGCACGAUGACCACCGAGAUCCUGUUCGUCGCGUUCGGCAAAUGGGUCCUGGGCCCGGCCCUCUGUAAGAUCUUGCCCUAUUUUCAGUGCGUCACGCUGGCCAGCACGACGUUCAUCCUGACGUCCAUGAGCUUCGACCGUUACCUCGCCAUCUGCAAGCCGUUGAAAUACCGGGCGACGACGGCGCGGGCGAAAAAGUUCAUCGCCGUCUCGUGGGCGCUGGCGUUCAUCCUCGCCAUCCCGCAGCUCCUCAUCUUCGUGCAGGUCGAGGAGAACAAAGACGGGCGCGUGCUGACCCAGUGCCAGACGAAAGGCUACACGGCGCUGUGGCAGCGGAUGUUGUAUUUCUCUUUCUUGACCAGUUACGUGUUCGUCAUUCCCGUGAUCCUGAUUUCCUUCUGCUACAUCAGCAUCGUAUGCGUGGUGUCCAAGGCGAGCCGGGUGGUGCAGAACACCCAGAACAACAACUGCUCGCUGCGGAGAUCUCAGUGCCCGCGGAGUAAGUCGACUUUCCCGCGCGCCAAGAUCAAAACCCUGAAGAUGACGUUCGCCAUCAUCGCGACCUUCAUCGUCUGCUGGACGCCGUACUUCGUGACGACGCUGAUCCGCAUCUACAGCAACUACAAGAUCCACGUGCCCGAGGAGGUCAUGGCCUUGGUCGAGUCCAUAACUUUCAUACAGAGUGCUUUCAACCCGCUCAUCUACGGCUGCUUCAACAUCAAGAUCAAGCGGAGCAUCAUGGAGCUGUUCUGUCCGCAGAACGACCAGUUCAUCAGGCGGUCGCCGAGCUACCGCAGCCCGGGGCUUUGCAUGUCCGUGUCCAGCGGGCACGGCCACCUCCACCGGCCGGUGUACGAGAUGAAGAUCUGCGCGAAGUCCCGGCUCCGCGACAACAUCGUCUCGAACAACGUUUCCAACUCAGACAGCGGGAACUCCCUGGAGCGCCUGGGGCGCGGCUCCAGCGUGGUGACGGUGACGGAGGAGAACAAGAAUGGCGUCCGGCUGCGGGUCAGGUUCGCCACCAAGGACCACUGCAGGUGUCUCUCGAGUGACGGGCUGGACUACUACAACUCGGAGACCUCUGUACCUUACGAGUGCUUGCACGCCGGGCAGGUCACCGGGUCGAGGUCACCCAUUUACAAACACCAAUCUUUGCAGCAGCUCUACACAUGA